CCUCGCUCGCCUGUCACGACACGACCUUAGCCGCGUCCCCUCUUGAGUCCUCGCCCUCGCCUCCCACCUCGGCGCUUCCACCGUGCACUCCUCCCACCGCCGCUCCCCGCCCCCGCCCCCGCCCCUCCCGCCGCGCCGCUCCUCCCGUGGCGCCCGACGGACUGCCGCCCGUCCCCGCCCCGCCCCGCCGUCCACCGUCCCGCCCCACGCCGCGCGGCCAUCCCCCACCGACGGCACCGGUUGCGGCGCGGCCGCGGUCCAGCGGCGGCGGCGACGACGACGCGGUCGGGCGCCGCUGGUGACCACGACGUCUUCGAAACCACGCGGAAUCUCGGGAAGGAUACCCAUUUAGUAAGAAACUGCCAGUCUUCUACAAGUUGGUACCUCUGACCUUCGAUGGCGCAGCCUCCAGCUAAAAAGACGCUGUCGGUGUACCUGUACAUCCCUAACAUCAUUGGAUAUUUCAGGAUUAUCAUAAACUUCAUUGCAUUUGCUGUGUGCUAUACCAACAGAACACUCUUUGCUAUCCUAUACUUCUUCAGCUUCUUCUGUGAUGGGUUGGAUGGUUGGUUUGCCAGGAGGUUCAAUCAAGCAUCAACAUUUGGAGCUGUGUUGGACAUGGUAACAGAUAGGGUUAGCACUGCUUGUUUGUUGGCGCUUCUCUCGCAGUUUUACAGACCUGGCUUGGUUUUCAUACUGUUACUUGGGUUGGACAUCACGAGCCACUGGUUUCAAAUGUACAGUUCUUUCUUAUCAGGUAAAACUAGCCACAAGGAUGUGAAACACACAGGCAAUGGGCUUCUGAAGUUAUAUUAUGGAUAUCGUCCGUUCAUGGCGUUCUGUUGUGUUGCUUCUGAGGUUCUGUACAUUAUCCUGUUUCUCUAUGCUGAUGAGAAGUCCACAAGCUUGCUUAAUACGUGCAGAGGUAUUCUGAAGGAAAGUCCCCUAGUUGUCUUCAUGUUUAUUUCAACUCUAAUUGGGUGGGCACUCAAACAAGUGAUCAAUGUCAUCCAGAUGAAAACAGCUGCAGAUGCUUGUGUGGCGUUCGAUUCGAAAAGAGGCAAGUGAGCAAAAAUGGACCACCAUGGUUUAGUUUUCAUUUGCGUUGGCAUAUCCAAGAAAAACAUACCGUCAGACGGGCUUGGUUGUAAGGCACAUAUGGUAGCUCCUUGAUGUAUCUUAACAUGUCUCCGGUCCGGGGGUUGGACAUUCUGGGGGAAAAGCAGCAUGUGGAAAGAAAACUAGAAAAGGGAGAACUGCUUCUUAACAAAAACACAGGGAUCGGCAAGUUCUGUAUUGUGUACGUCUUUUCUACAUGAUGAUUCGAUCUUGUUUGCGUAGCAGCGUGGUGAUUUGGUUACUAGUACUUGGCUAGAAAUGAUAAGGGUUCCUCCCUCCUGUUGUACCGGUGUACAUGCCAACAUUUACAUGGUUGUUUUCUUUGUGGUUUCA